GCCACUCAGCUGGGAAGAACCUCCCUUGCUUGGAGAACCCCCUGGUCACCUCAGGUGAGGGAGGCGGAGGUAUUGUCCACUGUAUUAGCAUUGUAAAGAUGAUUACUGUCUGAGUGGAACACGAGAAAGAGGCAGAAUAUGCCACUGAGAGUCAUGAUAUGGCAGUGAAACCGAAGAAAGGACUGAAAAGCUCCAUUGAUGACGUUCUUGGUGAUCUCCUUGGUGAUGAAGAUGACGUUCCCUUUAAAUCCAGCAAACCUGCCUCGUUUGGUAGUAGUGCAGGACGAUCCAGAGGAAUCGCCUCACAGACCAGCAAAAAGGGCCUCCUGGGGGAUGAUGUCUUCAGCAAAAUGGUUCUUGAAGAAGAGGAAGAUGCAGAGGAUCCUGAUAUCUCAGAUGCAGACCCAGGAGCUCUUCUAGAGACCUUGAAGGAUAUAGAUGACAUGGACGCUGAUCUUCUAGGCAUAAAGAAAGCACCUGCUCAGAAACGGGGGAAGAAUAUGGCAAAAACUCAGCCAUUGAAUGAGCCAGCAAGUUCUGCUAAGAAAACAUCAAUCACUGAGAGACGAGACUCAGAAAGUGGAAUCACUAAGAAUCCCAGCUCUACUCUCACCACCUCUAGAAAUCUGAAACAGAAGUUUUCCUUUGAAGAUAUAGACGACCCUCUAGCUGGUCUUUUGUCUGAUGAGGAAGAGGACAUGGUGAAGAAAGCGCCUUCCUUUGCCACAAAAAGUGUUCCAGAAACAAAUGCUGGGACUUCUAAAGAGAAAGGAACACCUGUGUCUGCAGCUCCUGGCCACAUCGCUGCCCCCGAACGGAAACGGGAUGAGUUAACAUUUGAGGUUGAUGGAGAUGAUCUCAUGGAUGCCAUGGGGUUUGGUGAGAGCCCGAAGACAGAGCUGAAGUCUGGAAGAAAGGACGGAGAGGAGCAGUCUCGUCCCGCCCGAUCCAUGCUAGAUGAAUUGCUUGGGCAAGGAACAGCCAAAAAGCUUCUAGAGAGACCAAAGACAGGAGAACACAAGGAGUUCAAACUGGACAAGAAAUAUCAAAAGCAAGCAGAGAAGGAAGAUACUUUGGGAGAUGAGUUCACUUUUGGAGCCUACCAACCCACUGUGGCCAUGAUUCCAGAGGGAAGGCAGUCAAGACGACAGUCUGUCAGGUUUUCCUCGGAGAAUCUCAGUGAGCUUAAAACAGACCAGAAACCAGCGACUCCUCAUUGUGACAGCCCUGUGCGCAACAGGACUGCAGCUGAUUGGCUGGGGUUGAAAGAGGAUGAUUUUAAACUGCCACCUUCACCUCCGCUAAAGGAAUCCAGCAAGACCAGCAUAAGAGGAGCCACACUGGAUAGGCCGCCUAGCCCUUCUGAUGCCGAGCCCCCCAUUCCUACCAGCCAUCUUCCUUCUAGGUCAAGAGCAGCUGCUGAAGAAGCAGCACCAAAGCAUGAACCCAUCAAGGAUGAUGGUGGGGACAGCUGGCUGAGCAAUGUCUUAUCUCAGAAGAGAACUCGAGCGCAGGAGAAAGAGAGGAGACCUGUGUCCUCGGAGAUUCACCGAAAGGAAGUGGAUCCCAUCACUCUUACCAGCCAAGGGGCUCCGUCCGCCUAUCAGCAGUCUGUUGCCCCAGUAGAUAGGCCUGCCAGACUGGAACAACCUGGGAAAGGAACUCCCUUUGGAGACACCAGUAAGACAACACCUGCAGCCUUUUUCCCAGGACAUGAAGAAAUCCUCCCCAUUCCUACGCACCCUCCGCUCCUGCACUUGGAACCCCACAUGCUGAGCUCACCUAAUAGCAGCGAGUAUGAAAAAAGGCUGGUGGGUCUGCAAGCACAGCUGCGAGAAAGCCUGGCAAGCUAUCAGGCAGAGCUCCUGGGUGCUCAAACUCGCACUGCUGAGCUAGAAGGUCAGGUCAGGCGGCUGGAGCUGGAGAAGAAUCAGCAAAAACUGCUGUUGGAAAGUUUACAGCAGCGCCAUCAAGAAGACUUGGAGCUCAUCGAGAAUGCUCACAGGAACCGUGUAAAGAUGAUUGAGGACUCGUACCACCAACGUGAGGAGCGCCUCCGGCAAGAGAACCAAGAGCUGGCGGGUCGAUACUUAUCUUGCUGCCAGAAUGCAGAGGAGGCCAAAUCGGAGUUGCUGGCCCAACACCAGCACCGGCUGACAGAGCUAGAGCAGGAGAAGGCCAAGGAUAUCGAUCGGCUACGGGAGCUUCAGCGGAUGUCUAUUCUGGAAAUGCGCAAAGACCACGAAGAGCAACUGCAACGUUUGAAACAGCUGAAGGCUCAGGAGAUUGACGCAGUGACCAGCGCCACCUCUUACACCAGGUCUUUGAAUGGUGUCAUAAGUCAGAUGGAGAAGUUCUCCGGCAACCUGAAUGACCUUGCUAACAAAGUGGAGGCCACUCACCACACCACAUCCCAAGGACUUGAGAUUGGGUCUCGCCAACGGGAUGAACAACUCAGGGUUCUGGAAGAACGUCUGAUCCGGCAGCAGAGAGACAUGGAAGAUGAACGCAGCCGACUGCAAGAGGUCAUCUCUAAGAUGGAGGGCAGGCUAAAUGAGCAGACUCGCCUUCUGGAGCAGGAACGCUGGAGGGUGACAGCAGAACAAUCCAAGGCAUCAUCUUUGCAACACUCGCUAGAGGAGCAGAGGAGGAUCAUGACUCAGCAGCUGAGCAUGGAGAAAGAAGAGCUAGAGAGGGCAAAGAAUGCUUUACUUGACGAGCAGAAGACCGUCAUGCAGAAAUGUGCCACGGAGCGCCAUAAGCUUGCUGCAGAGUGGUCUGAGCUCCACACCCAGCAGAGGCUGAGCAAAGAACGCACAGAGAGGGAGGUGGACCGGGCUCUGCAGAUUGACUCUCAAAGAGAAGGGGCCAUCAUGAGCCUGGCAAAGGAACGCGCAGACCUGCAAAUCAAAGCCAGUGAGCUGAGAUCGAGGGAGGAGCAGCUGGCGAGAGAUCGGGAGAUUCUGGAGCAAGAGAAGCAGGAGCUGAGGCUGGAAAAGGAAAGGGUCAAUGCAGCAGCUUUGCAUGUCAAGCAGAGGACCGAAGAAAUCCAUAGCAUGAGCAAACUAUCCUCUGAGAAAUACGAAGAGGGGGAAAGAGCCCUCCUGGAGGCAAGGAAGGUGGAGUCAGAGCAUCAGGCCAGGCUGCGUCUUGUGCAGCAUCAGAUGGAGCGACUCAGGGAGCAGGAGGAGCUGCUGCACCAGGAGCACCUCAGCCUGUCUCAACAGAGGAGGCAGCUUGAACAACUGCGGGUGGGACUUCCAAGCAAUCCAUUGGUGUUCCAGACCACAUCCCAGAUGCCGUUGUCAGGAGCUCAGGCCAAUGCAAUCUCCAGGACACACUAUUUCUCUCUUCCUCUUACGGAUCUACCUAAAGCCAACCCUGGAACCUCUCAGGGCCAAUCAAGUUCAGGACCAGCAGAUCUCUAUGCUAAACUGGUGCUGCAUAAGAUUUCAGCUGAUCGGGAUCAUGAUUUCUUGGAGGAAGAACAGUUCUUCUUAGAAACCUUGAAGAAAACUUCCUACAAUGCUCCAUCCCAGUCAGCAUGAGAAUGGAAGCGUACUGAAGGCAUCCCUUCCUGGACUGAUGGUUUCUCCUAAUAAAGAUGGAUCUUUAUCAUUUUGAUAUUUUUUUUAAUGCUUCCAGAGGGCGGUGGUAAAUGUAAACAUGUAAAUGCCAAACCUCACAUUAACAGAUACUACAUUUGUAAAAUAAAG